AUGGUCGCCGCCAGCAACGGCCCAGCCACAAAGCUACGAAUCCUAUGUUUACACGGCUAUCGUCAAAAUGAUGUCUUCUUUCGGGAAAAGACGGGCGGCAUGAGGAAGCUGUUCAAGAAAUAUGCCGACUUCACCUUUAUCAACGCCCCUCAUGUCCCCAGCGUCCUUUCAGAAGAUCGGGGCGAAGUGAGAGGGUGGUGGUUUUCGAAGCCAGACGCCAAUUUCUCGUCCCGAGACGUCACCGAUCUGGAUACCGGAUUUGAGGAAUCCGUGCGGGCUGUAUUGGAUUUCAUCAAAGAAAAUGGGCCUUUCGACGGAUUAUUCGGAUUUUCGCAAGGUGCUGCGAUGGUACAUCUUUUAUUGGCCAAAGAACAGCUUGGUGAGCUGAAACUCGACGUCAAGUUCGCCAUCAUCGUCUCGGGAUUCCGCAGCCUUUCUUCGCAACACGAACGAUACAACGAGGUGCUGAUCGAAAAGCCGAGUUUGCACAUCUACGGAACUGGAGAUGAGAUGGGAAAUUACAUGAGCGAUCACAAAAAGGCGAACGGGUCCUUGGAAGCGGAGAACAACGAGUUCCGCGUCUACAUCCAUCGCCGCAACAAAUUUAUACACGCAUGGCUAAAGAUUACACCAAGCGAGAUAAUCGUGCAGCGCUCCAAAUCUGAUACCCUCGUCUUCCCGCUCCAAUAUUUGAGAAGAUAUGGCUACACCUCUGCGGGCGUCUUCUUUUUCGAAAGCGGGCGAAGAUGCGCGACUGGCGAAGGCUUGCACACGUACCAGUCGCAGCAUGCAGAGGCUAUAUUCCAGCUAGUCCAGUCACGGAUUCAAGCAACGGCCAACGCCGUGCACUCGGAACGGGCGCGAAACCAGCGGGAUCAGCGCUACGGCAGUGUGGACCACACGCCGCGCAUACAUCCAAUUCAGCGCUAUCUGAGCGAGGGAAAUAAAGACAUCUCGGCUUUUUCGCAACCAAAUUACAAUUCGUUGCAUACUGGGGACGCGAAACGAAGGCGCCCAAUCCUCGCACCCCCGCCGAGACCAAGAAGCCUUCAGGGGAUGGAAAACGGCCGCCAACCAGGCGCCCAACCACAAUACUACGUACAAAAUGCUCAUGGUCAUGCACAGAUUAUCGGAAACAUAAUCACAGAAAGCGCGGGCCCGAACCGGGGCUCCGUCUCUUCACUCUACAACAAGUCAUUGUCCACCUCCAUGCACUCAUACACAAAUCUACCGCCCACACAAUUCGCGCCUCCCGUCCCAGGAUCGGAUCCGGGAUUUAGAAACAGGUGCUCAUCGGCGUGUUCAAAUAGGUCGACAGCGUCAUCCAUCAAUUCUUAUCAUUCGACGCCUACGACACCUACCACCAAGCUCUUUCCAAUACAAUGGGAUGGCGGCGCCGGCUCAACUUCCUUCCUUUGCUAUGCACAACCAGCAACAGCACAGGAACCGCGUACCUUACCGUUCUCCCCACCGCUCCCCGAUGAAAGGCCUGGGAUCAAACUUUCCAACCCUCCCGGCCGCUAUCCAUCGAAAGCCAUGCUCUCAGGCAUGCGCGGGAUACCCCUCGACGAGCAGCCGAUGGCGAAGAACGAGCACGGGCAAAUGCAAAAGCAUAACCGCCUAAACUACGCAGCUAUGGAGGCCCCGCUGGCGACGGCAGAACGUACGAGCCGAUCCCCAUCUAUCGCCGGCUCGUGUGCUUCACUACAGGGGAAUUCCACCACCUAUGCUGUAAUUGACCCUCAGCGCACAAAGGCUCUUCAACAGGCGAAAAAUGACGUCGCCCGCGCCAACAACAGCAAUUCGCCGGCUGUGUUGGGUAAACGAGGCGAUGAU